UUUAUUUAUUUAUUUUAUUACAAUUCUCUCGUCUUCUCCGCUUUGAAGUCUCAUAAACCAAACUCUCUUUCUCUCCUUCUCUUUGCACUGAAACUGCGUCGUUUUUCGAAGCUCCAUACACCAAUGCUCUUCUAGCAGUUCAUCAUCCAAAAGGUUCUUCAGCUUAGAAGAAGAUCGAGCAAAUUUCGAUUGGUUUUUUUUUCUUUUACACAGAAGAUUUUCCCGCUUUAUUUAUAAAGUGCAGGUUGUUCUCUUUGAUGGCUUCACCGGUUACUGAUUCAGCCGGUUUAUCACCCUGUAUCGAAACUGUGUCAUGGAAUGCAGAUAUGGUCGGUACUUUGCCUAUGCCGGAAGCGGAAGCUCCGAUGUCUUCUUCGGUGUUGAACAACUGUAACAUACCGAAACCGCCGCCUCUUCCGAGUAAGAUUGUAACGAGAAACAAGCAUCCCAAAUGGCCUCCCGAGAGUAGCUUUGCCCCAAAGGAAACGAAAGAUAUGUGGGACAAGCUUUUCAAGGACGGUAAUGGUGCGGAUCUUUGCAUUUUCACUGAGGAUAAAUCGUGUAUUUUUGCUCAUUCUAGUGUUCUGAGUAUUGCAUCGCCUGUGCUCGGUUAUCGUAUCGGGCAAUCAAAAAUCAAGCAUGGCAUGAAAUACAUCCAAAUCCCGGGAUUACCACACGAUGCUGUUCGAGUAUUCAUUCGUUUUUUAUAUUCUUCAUGCUAUGAAGGGGAAGAGCUGAAAAAGUAUGCAUUGCAUCUAUUGUUGUUGUCGCAUUGUUGCUCAGUUCCGCAAUUGAAACGAGUUUGCAUUUGUUAUCUCGAGCAAGACUUUCUUACCACUGAAAACGUGAUUGAUACCCUUUUGUUAGCUCGGAAAUGUGAUGCACCAAGGCUCGUCCUCAUUUGUGUUCGUAUGGUCGUAAAGAAUUUCAAAUCCGUAUCUUCAACCGAAGGAUGGAAAUUAAUGAAACGUAUUUAUCCUGAUAUUGAGCAAGAACUUGUCGAGUCUGUUGUUGAAGCGGAUUCUAAAAAGCAAGAGAGGCAAAGGAAAAUCGAAGAGAAAAAGGUCUAUACGCAAUUAUAUGAAGCGAUGGAGGCCCUUCUUCACAUUUGCAAAGAUGGUUGUCGAACAAUUGGUCCUCGUGACAAAAUGCUAAAAGGAAACCAGAUUGCCUGCAAUUUUCCAGCUUGUAAAGGACUCGAAGCUUUAGUCCGUCAUUUCUCCGGUUGUAAGACUCGUGUUCCCGGAGGAUGCAGUCAUUGUAAACGCAUGUGGCAACUUCUUGAACUUCAUUCCCGUAUGUGCAAUGAACCCGAUUCUUGUAAGGUUCCUCUUUGCAGGCAUUUUAAGGAGAAAAUACAGCAGCAAUGCAAGAAAGAUGAGACUAAAUGGAAGCUAUUGGUUAACAAAGUUAUUGCAGCAAAAAAUGGAAGCUAUUUGUUCUCCUCUAGGUGAUAUAUAUAUAUAUAUAUAUGGCAUUACCAUGUAUUUUUAGUGGAAUGGUUAAUGCUUCAUAUGAAUUACAGAAGUUUGAAAAUGGGAAAAUAAUAAGAGAAAUGUUAAUAUGAGUUAAUUACAAAAUAAA